CACGGGGCGGGGCGGGGCGGGGCGGCGCAGCGCGGGUACCGGGAGCCCCGAGCGCGGCGGGAGCACCGCGCCGCGCAGCCCGAUGGCCAAGCAGCCCCCCGAGGCGAAGGCGCAACGCGGCCGCCAGGCUGGGCGGCUGCCCCCGGCCGAGGGGCCGGGCCCGGCGGCGCAGCUGAGGCCCGGAGCCCCCGCCGCCCUGCCCGGCCUCCCCGCCGCAGCCGCCUCCUCCUCCUCCUCCUCGUCCUUCUCCUCGCCGUCGUCGUCGGCCGCCGCCCGGCCCGUCUCGCCCGGCAGCUCGCCGCGGGCGCCCCCGCCGCCCGCCAGCCCCGGCCCGUUCGCCACCCGCUCGCCGCUCUUCAUCUUCGUGCGGAGGUCGCCGCUGCUGUCGCGCUCCUCCAGCGGCUACUUCUCCUUCGAGGCCGAGCGCAGCCCCGCGCCCAUGAGCUGCGACAAGGCUACGCAGACCCCCAGCCCGCCCUGCCAGGCCGUCAGCCACUACCUGAGCGCCAUGGCUUCCAGGUGGCGGUCUCACUCGCUAGCAGAAGAAAUACAACCAGAAAUAUGGAUUGCACAGGAGCUGCGGCGCAUUGGAGAUGAAUUCAAUGCCUCCUAUUGUCCAAGAAGGUCCAUCUACUCUUCCUUUUCCUCAUCUGUGGGAAGAAGAGUCAGAAGUAGAGGCACUGGUGACGACAUGCUGACUACCCGGAUCUUUAUCCAUCCUCCCCAGCUCGGUUUCUUGGAUAACCACGUGGGAAACCCCCAGGUCAUUAUUCUGCGCCUCCUGCAUUAUAUCAUCCGCCUCAUCUGGAGGAUGCAGUGACGCCAUGCGACGUGGGGCGCUGGGACUUGAUGACUUUUUCCAAAAAAACGAUGAAGAAGAGCUGGCGCCAGAGCCUGGCACUUCAAAGCCGCCCUCCCCGCCGGGAUGCACGAUGGCUGGAUGAGGGUGAAUUUCCCCCACGGACCUGCCGGGACUCCCCAUAGCCGGAUUUUAUCUGAGAGUGGUGUUUACUAUGUUUCUCUCAUUUUUUUUUUUUUUUUAAAUCUCUCUUUUUUAAAAAGGACUUAGAAAAUACUCAAUGAUGAUCGACUCCUGUUUCGUCAUCGCUUCUGGGAACUUGUCGACUCAUCUUGGAUAUUCCCAAAAAAACAGCAGAGCCAGCUGAUUUGCAGAGCUGCCUUAGUUUGUGCCGCAGCCACUGCGCUGCCGCCUCCUCCUGGCUGCCAAAGAGAGUGAGGAGGGAAGAAGGGCAGAGGGAUUUCAAUCAGCACUUCUCUUACCUGUAAAUACCUAAUGCUACCCUAAAUCCAACUUCAUUUGCAUCGUGCAAAUAGCCUAUUUCCUGCUGACUGUUUUUUUUUUUUAUAUAUAUAUAUAUAUAUAAUUUUUUUAAAAUUCUGAAUUUCAAGACUUAGCUGUCAGAUUCCCAGGGUCCAAGAUAUCACAACCAACCAAACAAAGAACAGUCCACCAGGUUGCCUUUUUUUAGAAAUUCUUUCUAUAAGAUGUGUGAAAAUGCUUCUGUAUUGUAUAUUAUAAUAUAUAACGGUGACUGAGUAAUUCAGCAAUAAAACAUUCUUGGAGGCAGGUUAAAACAGUUC